AUGGCCGACUUCCAGGCGCGUAACCACAUUUCGCCAGACUCUGGGUUCCCCAUUACUCUUCACCCAAACUAUAACCCCAGGAUCAAGGACCAUGUCCCACCGGAGUCUGCGCGUGAACCACUGACCCCGCCCCCCGAUCGAGCCCUCUUCGCCGAUCCAGACAAGAAGAGUCUUUUCUCGGUUGCUAACCGCGUUGACCUGACCGAGUCCAUUGGCACCGUCCUGGAAAAUGUCCAGCUUUCGCAGUUGACGGACCAGCAGCUCGACGAAUUGGCCCUUUUGGUCAGCGAGAGAGGGGUCGUCUUUUUCAGGAAGCAGGACCUGACAACUGAGAAGCAGGUGGAGUUAUUCCAGCAUUAUGGUAUCUUAGACAGACACCCAGCGCAGAAGGAUCAAAAGUUUGUGAUUAUCAAAGGGAGCCGAGAGGACCACCGCGAGCUCCUAAAGUACACCCCCUGGCCUCAGGCAGAUUUCCAUGCAGACACUUCAUUUGAGAUCAAUCCCCCAUCAUACUCUCUCUUGAGAAUGGAAGAGCACCCUCCAGUUGGCGGAGACACUGCCUGGGUCUCGCAAUAUGGCCUCUAUGAUGUCCUAAGCGGAGCAAUGAAGAAGUUCGCCGAAGGCCUUCACGCUGUCCAUACGUCCCGGUUGCAAUAUGACACUAUCCUCGAUUACUGGCAAGCGAAAACAAAUCGAGCACCCAUCGACACCCACCACCCUGCGGUGCGAACCCACCCCGUAACCGGGCUGAAGGCACUCAAUGUCAAUCCAGGCUUUGUUACGGGAUUCGCUGAGCUUAAAAAACCCGAGUCCGAUAAGAUACUUGAUUUCUUUGCAUAUCAUAUCCACUCGGGUGACGACCAUGCUGUUCGCUGGAAGUGGGAUGUUGGUAGCGUGGCCAUGUGGGAUAACCGUUGCACACUCCAUCGCGUUAUCCCAGGUUCAUUCGAGGGACCUCGCCGGGGAAUUCGAACAACUGUUUUCGGCGAGAAACCAUAUUUUGACGCGAAUAGCAAGGGCCGGCAGGAAUAA